AUGGCGCAGCAGCUUUUAUCUUCCUCUCCUCUUUCUUGUCCUUCAAUCUCAAACCGUCGUCACAUCUGUCUCUUCAACAACGGUCUCCUCCUCGUCGUAUCUCUCCUCCUUCUCCUCGGGGCAGGAUCUCCCUUGUUCCUGUUUCCUUACAUAAGCUUUUCUUCUUCUUCUUCUAUGCCCUUAGACUGGCGUGACUAUUCCCUCACUCAAGCAGCCAAGUUCGUCGCUAAAGACAGGACUGUGAUCGUCUGCACCGUUAGCUAUCCCUUCUUGCCUUUCCUCAACAACUGGUUGAUUAGCGUUUCUAGACAGAAGCAUCAAGACAAAGUCCUCGUGAUUGCUGAGGAUUACGCUACUCUCUACUUGAUUAACAAGAAGUGGCCUGGCCAUGCCGUUCUCAUCCUCCCAGCGCUCGACUCUCAUAUCGAACAUAGGUUCGGUUCCCGGGGUUUCUUCAAGUUUACAUCUCGGAGGCCACAACAUCUUUUGCAACUCCUGGAGCUAGGCUACAAUGUGAUGUACAACGAUGUUGAUAUGGUCUGGUUGCAAGAUCCGUUUCAGUAUUUAAAAGGAAGGCACGACGCAUACUUCACCGAUGACAGGACUACGAUUAAGCCUUUGAAUCAUUCCCAUGAUUUACCACUUCCGGAUCGAAAGGGAAUGACUUAUAUAUGUAGCUGCAUGAUUUUCUUGCGUCCCAAGCAUGGAGCAAAGCUUCUCAUGAAGAAAUGGAUUGAGGAACUUCAAGCUGGAUCUAAAGCAUAUGAAGGAAAUGAUCAGCCUGCUUUUAACUGGGCACUCAACAAAACAUAUCAUCAGGUAGAUCUAUACUUGCUUUCGCAAGCAGCGUUUCCUACAGGAGGAUUGUACUUCAAGAACAAGAAAUGGGUUGAAGAGACAAAAGGGAAACAUGUCAUAGUCCACAACAACUACAUUAUCGGUUACUACAAUAAGAUGAAACGAUUCCAAGACUUUGGUCUAUGGCUAGUUGAUGAUCAUGCUUUUGAGUCUCCGCUGGGAAAGUUGGAGUAA